AUUGAAUUCACAUACACUACUACUACACUACAGAUAUGUCAAUGGGGAUCAGAAAAUCCAAUAAGAUUCGCCACAUUGUCAGAAUCCGGCAGAUGCUGCUGCAGUGGCGGAGGAAAGCGGCGUCAUCGUCAGCCCAUCGAACCGGCGUUCCGGCGGACGUGCCGGAGGGACACGUGGCGAUCUGCGUGGGAAGCGGUUGCACGAGGUUCGUGGUUCGCGCAACGUACCUGAACCAUCCCAUUUUCAAGACGCUCUUGGCUGAGGCGGCGGAGGAAUACGGGUUCGCUCAUCACGGCCCACUCGCUAUUCCCUGCGAAGAGUCUUUGUUCCAGGAAAUCCUCCGCUUCAUUUCGCGAGCCCGUUCCAGUAACUCCGUCAAGGUCGAUAAUGAAUUCCAGCGGUGCUGCCUCGUCGGAUACCAUAACGGCCUCGAUUUUUUCGGCGAUUCUCAGCCGUUGCUCCGUCAAUACACCGGCAAACCAGUGUGUUAAUUAGCUCCGAUCCGAUCCGGCGACUCCAAUUCCAAAUUCUAAUUUUUCUCUGCUUAUUUUUGCUAAGGAGAUGGCAAAGCGGAGCCUGGGAAGGGAAAACCGGGUCAACUCAGUCAUCCCGAGUUACACAUGAAGAAAUAUAUGAUGUUUUUCUAGUCCAUCCAUAUAUUCUGUUAUGGACUGUAUGUGUGUAGUAAUGUUUGAGGCUUUUCAGCCUUUUAAUUUUUUCCGGUUCUACUCAAUCCGUAGGGCCGUGUAUGCAUUUCUCUACUUUUCCAUUUUUUGCCUUUAAUUUCUCUUUUGUCGGUGAUUAUGGAAGCUUUGUAUAUGUUACUGUGUACGUUCGUUAAUGUUAAUGUAGUAGUUGAUAGGGUUAAUGUUAUUAUCAAAGACAGCAGGAAUGAA